AUGCUUGAAAGAAGGCAAUUUGAGAAUUCAUUUUUCAAGCACAUAGUCACUUUGCCUGAUAACAUAGGUAAACUCGUUAAACCUCCACGUCAAAGCAUUGCUUGUACUCUACCGCUAGCAAAAAUCGCCACGCGGGAAAUGGCCUAUGACAAUAUCAUGAAGCUCUUAUCCACCCUAGACGCUGUGAAGCACCUCAAGCGAACGGGAUGGGUACACUCGAAUGUUCCUGAGCCCGAAACAGUGGCUUCUCACAUGUAUCGCAUGGCCGUACUUGCUAUGUCUUUGGAGGGGCAGAUUGAAGGUCUGGAUAUCGCUCGGGCAGUUUCGAUGUGUCUCGUACAUGACUUAGCGGAGGCCAUCGUGGGAGACAUCACUCCACAUUGUGGCAUUAGCGAUGAAGAGAAGUUUGACAGGGAGAAUCAGGCAAUGCAGAAAAUUGCCUCAUUUGUUCCUGUUGCUACUACGGGUACUCAAUGGAUAGAGUUAUGGAGAGAUUACGAAGCCCAGGAGACAUUGGAGGCAAAGGUAGUCAAGCAUCUCGACAAAUUCGACAUGAUUGCCCAAGCUUUCGAUUAUGAGCGGAAAUACGGUCUCGACCUGUCGCAGUUUUUUGAAUCGACUAAAACAGCAUUCACGAUGGCUCCAUUUGACGCAUGGAACAAUGAGCUUCGGAAUCGACGCGAGAAGUGGUUAGAAGAUCGCAGCCGGGGUAACAAUAGUCUAUGAACUUUUUGUGUCUAACUAUGAUGAUCAUUUUGCAUUUUGAGGAGAUACUCGUCAAUAAAUAAUUCUUGUUU